AUGUAUGGAUACAAGCAAGAGGCCGACACUCUGCGUGACGCGUUGCAGCGCGAAGUCCAUGAACAUAACAACACGAAGCGACAGCUCGAGGAUGUGCGUAAAACAGCCAACGCCACCAAUGAGAUCCUCGCCCUCAUGCGUGUGAACAAUGUCCACCAGCUGGCUGAGCGGUGCGCGGCUGCCACUCAGCGCGCUCUGGAGACCGACACUCGCCUUGAGAGGGCAGUGGCGGAUAACAGUACAUUGCGGGACGAGUCUAACCGGAUUGCGAACGAGGGUUUAGACCGCGAGCGCCGCUUUUUCGAGACAUCCCAGGCCAGGGAGCUCCUCCUGGAGGCGCGUGUGGGUGAUGCUGUAGAGCGGGCUGAGCGCGCGGAGCGCGAGGUCGCGGCUUUGAAGGCUGCGGAAUUGCAGCACAGGCAGGUCACAAAGAACCAGCCAACGCGGCUCGAGUUGAUGGAGAAGUUCGCCGCGCUCAACCUCGAAAACGACCAUCUGGCGCGGCGCCUUCGCCUCCUCGAGAUUGAGCUCAAGAACCGCAAGAACGUUUCCCCCAGCUCGAAGUAA